CGGCGCCUCAGUCGGUGAUCAGCAUCUGUUUGAGAAAGUCCAACAUGAAGUGGAUUACUCUUUAUCUCCUAACACUCUGCUUCCCUACGACCAGAGCUGACUGUAAGACUCAGGAUCUUAUUGAUGAGUGCAUAAAACAAGGUCCUGUACUGUGGACCAGGUGCUAUGAAGAUAAAAUUGUGACGUGCAAUCCAAGGAUUCGUAUGUUCCAUGGGUUUGCUCGCCAAGAGGUGAACCCAGCAGACCAGGCUGAAGUAGGCGCCUCAUCCAAUCACAGGGUCCGAAUCCCAUCAUCAGCUCUUCGGAGAAUCGGAAAAAGACACUCUAAAAAAACCGUCCAGGUGGUUGCUUCGAUGAUCAACAGCACAUUCUUUCAGCAAGCAACUCCUGGGAUGAAAGGAAAGAGGAAAAAUCGCCGGCCGACUGUCAGAUUAGAGGGACCUGUUUUAGGAGAACAGGUUCUGUUUGUGAAAGCUGAAAACCAGUCAGUCAGCGAUCUCACUGAGCCAGUCCAGUUAAUCUUCAAACACAAUAAAACGGAGAACAAUGGAACAUGUGUGUUUUGGAAGGAGGAUGAAACAGUGUGGAGCACUGAUGGCUGCAAUACCACUAAAACUGAAGAUACAUUUAUCUGCAGCUGCAACCAUCUGAGCUUUUUUGCUGUGCUUGUGAAUCCAGAAGUGAUGGUGGAUGAGGAUCAUGCUGAGGCUCUCAGCUACAUCACCUACGUUGGAUCGGCGCUCUCUGCCUUCUUUGCUUUCAUCAGCAUGUUCAUCUUUGUUGGUUUGCAGUAA